UUUGUGGGAGCUGCCUGUUUACCAUGGAAAACUGUUCUGUCAGGGAAUACCGACUAUGAACCCAAAGUUCUUCUGAUGUUUUUUGCACCAAAAGCCUCUCUUAUUCUGAUCAGAGAACUUAGGACGAAAAGGUAAAAACUGGAUCGUGAAAAUCAACAAUGUCAACAUGCGCUAAUCCUAAGCACAGAUUUAAAAGGGGAUGUGUUGGACACACAGUUGGUAGAGUUUGAAAAUAAAAAGAAAACUAGAAAACGGAGUCCAGCUAAAAUAUGCAUGCAGUCUGGAUAUUCUUCCUGCUCACCAAAGAGGGAUUUUCUCUUGCACAGAAGAUUAAAGAUGGAGGUGCAGGACCUAAUGGAGGCAGACUCACUGAGCAGUCUCGGAACAAUCGUCACUGUGGGACCUGGGUUCGAAAAUUAGAUGGUGGAAGCUUCAGCUCCCCAAACUACCCAAAUACGUACCCUCCAAACAAGGAGUGCCUUUACGUACUGGAAGCACUGCCCCGUCAGAGGAUAGAGCUGCAGUUUAACAAUUUCUUCCAAAUCGAAUCAUCUUUUGAGUGCCGGUUUGACCACAUUGAAGUGAGGGACGGUCCCUUCAGCUUCUCACCGCUCAUCAACCGUUACUGCGGCACAGCCAGUCCAGGCCUUAUCCACUCCAGCGGACGCUUCAUGUGGAUCCAGUUCUACAGUGAUGAAGAGCUUGAGGGGAACGGAUUCCAGGUCCAGUAUACGUUUACUGCAGAUCCUGAAUUUCAUCUACAUGUAGGAGGACUUUUAAACCCCAUCCCAGAUUGUCAGUUUGAGCUAACUGGACAUGAUGGCAUGAUCCGCUCCGGCCAGGUUGAGGAGGAAAACAAAGUGAAGCCGGACCAGGCAGUGGACUGCAUUUGGACCAUACAAGCCCCAAUGAAAAACAGAAUUUACCUGAAAUUCUUGGAGUAUCAGAUGGAAAACUCAAAUGAAUGUAAGAAGAAUUUUGUGGCUGUGUAUGAUGGCAGUAGUGCUAUCGAGGACCUCAAGGCCAAGUUUUGUAGUACAGUUGCUAAUGAUAUCAUGCUGGAGACUGGUUUCGGGGUGGUGAGGAUGUGGGCAGACGAGACAAGCCGUCUCAGCCGUUUCAGGAUGCUGUUCACAAUUUUCUCUGACCCUCCCUGUAUUGGCAGUGCAUUUUUUUGCCACAGCAACAUGUGCAUCAACAACUCUCUGGUGUGCAACGGCGUACAAAACUGUGUCUUCCCCUGGGAUGAAAAUAACUGCCAAGAGAAAAAGAGCAAAGCUGCUUUUCUCCAAAUCUCAAAGACUCAGGGAACAAUCAUCUGCAUUUCCACGGGGGUAGUGAUGCUACUCCUAAUUUUCUCCAUAAUGGUGCAAGUCAAACAGCCACGUAAAAAGGUGGUGAUACGUAAGAAAAAGCUGUUCCAACAUCCUCACCUCCAGAAGAUGUUUGACCCCCAACACUACGAGCUGUUUUCUAUCAGAGACAAGGAGAUGUCUGGAGACUUGAGGGACCUUUCAGAAGAACUCCUGUCCCUCCAGGCUCUGAGGAGAUCUUCAUCAGGAUCUCGCUGUGUUCACGAACACCACUGUGGUUCAGAAGCUUCUAUCAACUCCAUUAAACCCAUUCACGGUUCAUAUGUCUUGGGCAAAGGGUCCUUGGAGCUCCCCCCUUGUAGAAGGGACAGUCAGACCACUGCGCCUCCUUUCAGGGACAUGAACAGCAGCUUGCGGAAGAAGAGCUGGCCUGGUUCAAAACAGAGUCGAAUGCAGAGCCACCCUGCUAUCGGGGAUCGAGUGCUGUGGAGGCAGGAUAGAGUUAUGGAAGAAGAUGAGGAGGAAGAGGAGGAAGAGGGGAGGUAUGAUUUGUAUGUCAGAAGGGCAGGAGGCCGAAGGGAAAAGUAUGACAUGGCUCAUCAAAGAUCUCAGUCCAUGGACUUUUAGCAUGAGAAGCAGAGGUCAGCACAUUAAAAAUCAAGGGAAUUUGGGACAAUAUUGUGCUGAUGUGAAUAAAACGUGAAGGUAAAACCAAA